UUUUACCAGCAGAUAUAAAGAUCGUCAUUUGGAGGGGGUAGCACUCAAGGUCAGAGUCAGCAAAUCCUCCUCUAAAAAUAGACUCUAGUUGCAAAGUUAGUAAGGUUUCUUUUGUCGUUCUGCUGCACUUCACAGGACCUGCUUACCUACAGCACCCACCUAAGCUUACAGUUCCCCAGGUGCUCUAGACCCUAGCUGUUAGGCCUAUCAAAUUCUUACCAGUGGAUUUUCCAGGAAACAAAUUCCCAGUGGAGACUGAACUUCAGUAGUCACAAACCUUUGGCUUUUGUUCCAAUUGCUGUUUCUUGCACAUCCCAAGAGCACUACUCCAUGGAUAAAAUGUCAUCAGGAAGUUGGAAUGCUGCGAAGAGAAAUGCAUACACAGCAAUCAAAGUAGAUCCUGAAGAGGACUACUGUACCCCAGGGGCAUUUGAACUGGAGCGACUCCUCUGGAAGGGAUGCCCAAAGUACACUCAUGUCAAUGAAGUCUGGCCCAACCUCUACAUAGGAGAUGAAAAAACUGCAUUAGAUCGCUACAGCCUGGAGAAGGAGGGAUUCACCCACAUCCUCAACGCAGCCCAUGGUCAGCGGAACGUGGAUACAGGACCAGAGUAUUAUCACAACAUGGCUGUGGAGUACCAUGGAGUGGAAGCAGAUGAUCUCCCCACUUUCAACCUCAGCCAAUUCUUUUAUUCAGCUUCUAAAUUCAUUGAUAAUGCGCUUCAGGAUGAAAGAAACAAGGUUCUGGUUCACUGUGCCAUGGGUCGCAGCCGCUCAGCCACACUGGUCUUGGCUUACCUGAUGAUUUACAAGAACAUGACAGUGGUGGAUGCCAUUGAGCAAGUGUCAAGACACCGGUGCAUCUUGCCAAACCGGGGCUUCUUGAAGCAGCUGAGAGAACUGGACAUAGCACUGGCACUGCAGAGGAGGAACAGCAAAAACAGCCUACCACCUGUCGGCGAGCAGAACAGCACCACCAUCUAGUAUUGCUCCUGGCAGGGCUGUGCUACUGGAAAAGAAACUCCAUAGAAGGAGGGGAGGGGAAGCUGUAGUUAAUUACACAGUCACAAGGAUCAUUUGUUAUUAGCUGGAAAAAAACAAAGUCAUUUCAAAUGCUGUCAAGAUGAGAAAGAAGGGAGGCCAAAUUUAAAACCCAUCGUCUUAGAAAGUUCCAGCCUUAGCAGAAUUCUUUGUUACAUCAACAAAUACGUUUCUCUGUCUCUUUGUGCUCUUACAGCACAAAAACUUAAAACUCUCCUCUAGCUGAGUACCCCCAAAAUCCUGAUCCUAACCCAAGGACACUGCCUUUAAACAAGUGCAGCUAGGCACUCCUGAAGAAAUUUUGCAAGAAAAAAAAAAUGUUUAGUCCAGAGUUCUGAAGGAUUUCACAGGAGUUUGCCUUUUUGUGUCGUUUCCUGCCAUCUCCAUGUCUUCUUUCAGAGUAAUAAUCUAUGGCAGCAUAGUGUUUAAAGAGUCUCCACACGUGGAUCAACUACUCAGCCUUCACAAUGUACUUUGCAGCACACCAUGCAAACUAGAAACAAAGCAACACCCUUGACAAGGUCAGAUGCAUAAGCAGCUACAACAGACAACAAUUUAAGGAGAUACAUACACAUGACAUUUUAGGAGUUUCAGUUUUAACUUGCUUAACUUGUCCUAAAUCCUUCAAUUACCUAAAUUUUACAAGGUUCUAUACAUAAAGAAGUGCCUUUACAUUGUUAUGAGGAAGUUCAGUGCUGAACAUGUGGAGCCCUAAUAUAGCCCCUAAAUAACUAUGGAUUAUAACCAGUUCUAAUGAGGUUUUAGAAAAGGCAUGAGACACCAAUGAAGCCUUUUAAAAAUACCAGUGACCUGACUACCCUGGAAAAAGCUGCUGUUGUGUUUCCAGACACUGUUUAUAUUUAUCACUACCACAUGUUUUCUCCUAUCUCAGCUUUAGUCACCUGAAUAGGUCAUUAUGCUCCUAUAUAGGUGCAUCUGUUAAUAAUAUCAUUUGUUGGCAGAAGUGGUACAAAUACACUAAUGGGGACACCAGACCUACUUUUCUGCCCAACCUUACUCCAUUUACCCUAUUCGACAUAAAUUAUCAAACUGUGUUUUGACACAAAUGAGAGUUUUGCCACCCCAGCAGCAUUUGACAUUUUUAAAAUGUACUUUACAGGAGGAUCACAAUUAAGCCAUGUUUACCUUUCCCGUAUCUGCUAAAAGCUCAAGUCAUCACCCUCUCCACCAGAAUUUUGCCCAUUUCAAUGUAUCAGGCAAGAGCUAUUUGGUGCCUCAGUGCCUGCAAAGAAUGACUUGGCCAUCGAGCAGACAGGAAAGUGCUCUUGGUCUUUACCACCUGACACAAGACCUUGCAACUUCAGCGCAGUAUAAAGUGUAGAAGUCUUGUAUACUUAAAAAAGAAGAACACAGGGCACAAGUGCAACACUGAGAACUGUGAGGAUAUGCUACAAACCAGAGUUGAGCACAACUUUAUACCAUUUUUAUAUAUGUUAACAGCUCUUCACAGGCUAGCCAUCUCUUGUGCGAAGACUUUCCUAUUCCUUCACAUCUUUCUGGGGCCCAAAACCCAGGAAAUCAUUCAUCUCUAAACACUAACUGGAGUCAAGGCUGCAGACACCCAUAAUACAAUGCUUUUGAUUUAUCAUUUGUAUUUAUCUGCAUAAUAAAUACCUUAUCUUUAAAUUCUCAGACUGCAAUUGACUACUGCUAAAAAACAAAUGAGACAUCAUAACGUGAAAAAUAUUCAUGAUAGAGACACACAAACUCUGGGACUUCCAGCAAAUUAAGUAUCUCUACACUUCAACUGGGGGGGGGGAAACACCCAGAAAAAAACCUAGAAAAAAAUAGGGAACUUGAAGUAAUCUGACACUUCAAAAAUAAAUAAGCACUCACAGUAUGGGGUUAGAGUAAAAAUAUUUUCGGAUGAGGUCCCUCGACUCUUUCCAUCUACUUCCACAGACAUUCAAAUGUAACUUUUUAGACCACCUUAGUGUCUAUUGCAGUUUAAUUCACAAACUCAAACAUGGAACAGUUCUCCCAGCCUUGUGUUAGAUAAACCUGCUUUCAGAUGCAUGGUCCUGCUCUUUCAUUUAGGCUGAUGGUGAAAGCUGAACACUCUCACCUCCAUGGCAGCAGAGUAUUUCUUCUCAUUAGCUUUACAGACAGGAAUUCUGUACCAAAUGAUAUACCAAAAGAUAACAAAUAUCCACCAGGAUUUCCCUCAGUCAAAUUACAUGUAUCCUGCCAUAUAGCUUGAUAACUGCUGUAACCGAAAGAGGAUUUGUUGAUUUACAUGCAUAAUUGAUCACUCUCAGCUCUACAGCCAGGGUCAUUCUUUCUAGUUACCAUGCUGGAUAUAAAUGCAGUUUGUUUCCAUCAACCAGCCUGCCUGAUGGAUAAAUUAACAGCUUAUAAAACUGAAAGAUAUUGACAGUGAUCUAAUAUGAAAGAUUAGUAUGUUUAGCAGCUCAUCGUUUCUGCUUCUAUCACAGAGAUUCUUACAAAGUUAGUAAAAAACGGGUUAUAUUUUGUCCACUGCGAGGGGAUCAGGUAGCCUGAGUGCAACAACACUCACCAUUCCUGUCUUCACUAAAGGGCCAGAGUGCAGCUUUCAGUACUGCCUUUUUGGCAGCUUCCAGAUGAAGUAUGUUCUGCUUCAAAGACAAGUAAAUAUCUUCCCUAGAACCAGGUCUUGCCUGAAGGACUCAGCUGGUACAGCUGUGACCAUUAAACAGUUCUGAAGUAAACAUAUUUCUCAUUUACUUCCCAACUUUCUUGCCUACCAUUCUCCCAGAAUCCAUUAGACUAAAUCAGAAAAAGCAGAAGUUCUGGAACAUGUGACUUCCACAAAGCAGGCAACUCUUGCAAGCUGCUAACUAGCUACUAACAAGUGUUAGCAGCACUGAUUUCAUCUAUAAACCAGGUCUGCAAGAAACAUACACAGAACAAGGCAAGUUUACCUCCUUCUUGCCAAUCACUAGUGGUAUGGAGUAUACUAUUUGUCAAACCAAAGACUAAGAUUGCAUGGACAAGGAAGCCUCCUGCAUUCCACAAGAAUAAUCUAUUGCAAUUCCGUGAAGAAUUUUCUGGGGACACUAAAAGAAAGGGCUAAUUCUCAUCUGGGAUGGUGUUAGACUACAUAGUCAAAACUGACACUGCAAUGGGUAUACAAUACAUAAAACAAGUAUAUCUGUAAAGGGAAAGACAGCCUUCUUAUAAAAGAAAUUUUAGUGCAGUAAGGCAAUUCAUAGCUAAAUAGUCACUACAGCAAAAGAUGUAGGAAAGCUCCUUGUCCUCCUGACAGGAAUUCAAUUCUGAAAUAAAAAAAAAAUAGUUUGGAAACUUGCCUGUUGUGCACAUGCUAUACCUAAUUUUCCAACCAACCUUUAAUUCAUAUAUUGCAAAUACAGAAUUUUGGCAAUAUGCUGGAGUCAGGAUGCUCUGUUUCAGGUUAGCACAAAUUUGAAACAGUAAGAAAGUCUGAUUUGCUUUUAUGUUACAGGCUUCGAAACUCAAAACUAAACAGCAGCAGAUAAAAGACCCAGGUGCCUUUUUCAUUCACUGUAAAAACACACAAACGAAAAAUCACAAAGCACACUGCUACUCUGAGAUGCAAUUAUUUAAAAAGAUAUGGUCCUCGCUAAACAUACUUGAAGGCUGCAAAUAACUGUGUUGAGUUCACCUUUCCCUUUCCUAAGCAUAAAAAAGUUGACAGUUAUUUUGUGAAAAUGAAAACAUAAUUUAAGUACUAUUAAUACUCUCUGCCUUUAAUAAACAAAUUUGACAACCUAAGGGGUAUGAACCAA